UUUACCUUGGAGGUAAAAAAAUUUCAUCAAAUGAAGAGGUCAAAGCUGCGGUGGGUGACUUUUUUUGAAAGGCCUUAAAGAUUUUUUUUAUGACCAGCAUACAGGCAUUGGAAACCAGAUGGAAGAAGUGCAUAGAGUUAAGUGGAGAUUACAUGGAAAAAUAAAAUCACUUUUGCUUAUAUUUUAUAUUGUUGUCUUGCCACAAACUUUUUAAUCCACCCUCAUAUAAAGCAAAGUUGCUUUCUGUUAUCUGUACUCUCGAGAUCUUUUAAACUACACACUACACAAACUACACCACUACAUACUGGUGGAACUAGUAAAGUAUAUAUUUUGAAAGUGAACAACUAUUUUGUGAAAAAAUAAAUACAUUAAGUAUGUAUUUAUUUUAUUGAAUAAUAUGAUAAUCACGAGCUAUCAAGUGAGUAGUAAGCUGUCAUGGAUAGUAUUUAGUACUAAUUAUUUACUGUUCAAAACCUGAGUAUAGCUAUGGUGUUAAUUAUCACAAAAUCAUUUUUAAAUUUAACUACUAUAAUAUUUUUCUCGCAUUAUUUAAUUAUCAAUGUACUUCUGAUAAGGUGUAUUAUAAAAUCGUCAUUUUUAUUUAUUACAGCAUGUUUAAGAGUCACUGUUGAUGGAGGUACUGCACAAUGGGACAAUUUUCUAAAGGAAUUACCUGAAAAUGUUCAGAAAACAAUUAGAGUUCCUGAUUUGAUAACAGGAGAUUUUGAUUCCAUUCCUCAGGAAAUACUUCAAAAAUAUGAAGCUAUUAAUUGUAAGGUAAUACAUACACCUGAUCAAAACCACACUGAUUUUACAAAGGCUUUAAUGGAAUUAAAUUCUUGGUGUAAAUUAAAUAAUUUAGAGAUUGAUCAUGUUAUAACAAUUUGCCAAAGUUCAGGGCGACUUGAUCAUAUCAUGGGAAAUAUUCAAACUUUAUUUCUCGCAAAGGAAAAGUUAUUGUUAGGUUUGAAAACUAGGCUUUAUUUAGUCACUGAUGACUCAAUAUCAUGGCUGUUGCAACCAGGAGAUCACAUCAUUAAAAUACCAGAGCAGUCUCAAGUAAAUAAACGAGCUUGGUGUUCCUUAAUACCUGUUGGAGAAACCUGUUCCAGAAUUACAACAUCAGGAUUGAAGUGGAAUUUAGAAAGUCAGUCUUUAAAAUUUGGGGAAAUAGUGAGUACAUCAAACACAUUCGAUGGAUCAGAACAUGUAACAGUGAAAUGCUCAAACACAGUUUUAUGGUCAAUGAAAGUUCCUACCUUACUAGGUGAGUGAUAUAUGUUGUAUUUUAAUAUUUAAAACUAUUGUUAUAUAACAUUUAUAAAUUAUGAUAUAUUGUAUGUGAAUAUUCAAAGUCAUCAUUAUGUAAUAAAUUGAAUUAAUGUAUAUAUAGCCAACACAUUGCGGAAACUUUUAAUAGGUCAUAUAGUCAUAUGAUUUCUAUUUUCUAUGCUUUGAAAAAAAAAAAACCUAUCAUAUGAAAAUUUCAACAACUCGACAAAGUAUGAUGAUUUGUUGGGUUUAUGGGUUUCAUUUAACUUCAAAUUAAUACAAAACGUAAUGUUAUUAUAAAGUAAUUAUUGCAUAUAUCUUGAUUCUUCAUUGUUUCAGAUUCAUGAAUGUGACAGUACAACAUCCUUUAAUUAUUUAGUAUAAUUUCAUGGGUUUGGGGCGAAAGAUUAAAAUUUAGAUCGAUAAACCCUACUUUACUAUAUUUAGUGCAGUGACUAUUCUAAAUUUUCUUUAUUUAUAUUGAUUAGUUGACAGUGACAUUUGGGAGCUGCUGUAUUCAUUUGAACUCUGAACUAAAAUUUUAAUUCCAAACCUAAUUAUUUGUGAUAUGGUUAAUUUUCCAAUAACAUUGGAUUGUGAAUGAGAAUUCUAUAUUGAAUAUAAUAAUAAUUAAUUGAUUAUAAAUUAAAUUUCAUGCCCUAUUAUUUUAAGUGUUGUUUGACAUAUAAUAUUAUACGUAUAUGUUACGCUCAAAGGUCGAAAUCGCUUUUUGAACGAAAAAUAGUUCACAACGAGUUGAGGUCACAGUAAAAUAUCCACAUAGCGAAAAUCGUGUUAUGGCUCAUAUAGUAACGCUCUCGACGCGUUGUGGCUUUCACAGAAUAACCACAUAGCGAAAUCCGUGUCGUGGCUGUCAUGCUAUUUGACUAAAAUUGUUGUGGCAAUGUAAUAAAUUGAAUUUACAAUGUGGCAAUGAAAAACCAUGAAGCGUAUUGAACCGACGAAGUGCCAGAAGCGAACCGCUAUUGUAAAAUAAAACAGCUAGUUGAACCAA